UUUUUUUGCAGCCAUCUUCUGUCUGCAAAGCAGAAGCAGCAGUGUCAGAGAAAGAGCGAGGGAGCAGGGGAGAGAGAGCUCCGCUGCCUCUCACAACUGAACAAGUCUGAAUGUACCCCUGCUUUAAAGAGAACCCCCCUAUAAGACUGGCAGCCUGAGGAUUACGGAUCUUCAGCCAUGGAGGAAGGCAUCCACAGCCUGCAGGAAAGGCAGUUGCCCAGGGAAUUCUUAGGAAUGGAUUACCCUCCCCUGUACCUGUGCAAGCCCAAAAGAGGGAUCAAGAGAGACGACACCAAGGAGACGUACAAGCUUCCUCACCGUCUCAUAGAGAAAAAACGAAGAGACAGGAUAAAUGAAUGUAUAGCCCAGCUGAAAGAUUUGCUGCCAGAACAUCUCAAGCUCACAACGUUAGGGCACCUGGAAAAAGCAGUCGUGCUGGAGUUAACUUUGAAACACUUGAAGGGUUUGACGUCCCUGACAGAGCAGCAGCACCAGAAAAUUAUCUCCUUACAGAACGGCGAGCGUUCCAUGAAAUCUCCCAUCCAAUCGGAUCUGGAUGCCUUUCAUUCCGGUUUUCAGACGUGUGCCAAAGAAGUCCUGCAGUACCUGUCGCGUUUUGAAAGCUGGACUAGCCGGGAUCAGAGGUGUACCCAGCUUCUCAACCACCUUCACACCGUGUCCAGUCAAAUCUUACCCAGCUCCCAGCUCCUCUUACAGCAGGUGCCCGCCAGCAAGGCUUCUUCUCAGUCCCCAAGCCGAGGGCUGCCUAAGGUGGAGAACCAAACAAACUGUGUGCCGGUUAUCCAGAGGACGCAUAACUUGGAGCUUAGUGAGAAUGACACAGACACUGACAGCGGUUAUGGAGGCGAAGGGGAAAAGUUGGAGUCAAAAUUAGAGGGACAGAACAAUGUAGGAGCCAAGAGCCAAGGGGCCAAUGGCGUGACCGUGAAACAGGAGCCACUGGAUGAGCCUGCACCCAAAAGGUUUAAGCCAGACUGCUCUGGGGCCGGCAGCACAGCUGCUGGGACUGAACCAGCUGUGCGGCCCGACACCAACCUGCUUAAUUCUCUCAUGGGAUUUGGAAGUAACCCUUUCAGUCAGCAGGCCCCUUUCUGUUUACCAUUUUACUUCAUCUCACCCUCUGCAGCUGCUGCCGCGGCAGCCUACAUGCCUUUCUUAGACAAGGGCAGCUUAGAGAAGUACCUCUACCCGGCAGCUGCUGCUGCUACAGCCCCUAUCCCUUUUAUCUACCCGGGUUUACCCGCCCAGGCGGCUGGUACUUUCCCAUGUCUGUCCUCUGUCCUGUCCCCUGAGAAGUUGGCAAGUUGCUCCACUGCCCUUUUCCCUGAUCUCUCCUCAUCGCCCUUCCAGGCUGGUCCUGCCAUGACCGACCUACAAGACCUCCGGCUGUCCCCCAAGGAAAGUUAAAACAGUGAUGCAAAAAUCAUGACCUAUAUCUAUAUAUUAAGAGCCUCUCAUUUUGUAGCAAGUCUCGUUUUUAACCGGAUCAACAUUAGCCUUGUACAUUGAUGGGUUAUGGAAACAUUUGUUUAGCUUACAAAAGUUGCUGGAUAUCACAGCUGAGAAAAAUGGACAUCCACAAUGAAUGGCUCAGCACAAAAUUAACUUGUUAUUGAUAGUGGCAUCUUUUACAACACACCAGGGUGCAUGUUUUAAAAUUGGAGCCAGAAUUGAGCUGUUGCCCAGAGCGUCUGGAUCCAGGGUCUCCUUAGAAAGAUAAAUCCCCAGUGUUUGCUAUGGACAACAGCUCCACUUUUUACUCCAGCGGAUGAUUUGUCAGGAAUUAGACCCACGCAACAAAAACAGGGAUGAUUUUGUGCUACUAAGCACUUAAAAAUCUCAUGUGUAACUGAGCUCUAAUGUGUAAAAAGGUGCAUAUAAUUUACUUUAUAUUUUUUUUAUGAAAACAUUUAGAGAUUUGCCCUGCCAAGUGAAAGCUUUGGACGGAUUAGCCUAACACUAUCCCCUUUGAAAGUUUAACUUGAACCAACAAAUUGGGCUCUGGGAAGUGAACAUCUGUUCUUUGUGACACAAUAUUCUCUAAGCGUAUCAUAGGCAUAGGCUGGCUACAAACUGAUCCCAUUACGGUGCUCUAAAGGUUGUACUUUUUUCUUGCCUGUGUGUUAUUGCACAUGCAAAAAUAAGUGUGCCUAAACUUUUUCAACAAUUUGAAACUUUAACAGACUGAGAUCUAGAACUGGGAAAAGAAGCAAAGUGCAUUUACCUAUUGCAACCCUAUGGACCCUUUGGAUGGUUGCCAUCGGUACGUGUUGUUCUUUUCCAUGUUAAAUCUGGAACAAUUAAAUUUUUUCAUUUGUAACAAUCUAAGAGGGCAAUGAAUCCCUGGUGGUUAACCCUCUGAAAAAUUAAAUUUUUUCCUGCAUAUAUUUUAAAGAAAUAAAAUAUCCUCAUGCAAUGAAAAUUUACCUGGCCCUCCUUUUGGUCAUUUUUUAGGUCUUUCCAAAUGCAAUUUACCUAAACUUUUGGUUUGAGUGAGGUUUUAGCCUAUUUUGUACUGCACUCAAUUUAAAAUAUAGAUAUGUAAAAA